GUACAGCAUCCACCACAGCACGGGCAGUCCUCAGUCUCCCGCCUCCCUUUCAACGACCGCGACGACUCCACGAUCAUCAACGACUUGGACGCUAGAAUCGAGCAUACAGCCGCUUACGAGCCUCAGCCACACUUGCGCCCGCGACCAGCAGUGUUACCGCGCCCAGUCAGCUUCGUCAGACAAUGGCUGAUCCCGAGGCAUGAUGGUGAACGCCAAGUGGCCAGCUCUAAGUGGCCUCAUCCUGGGCACCGUCGUCCUCACGCGCGCGCUUCCCACGAGCUUCGCAUUCGAUCGCCCGGUCCACAGUUGCACCGCGAUUCUUCUCGGUGCAGGCGGCGCAGUAGUUGCAUUGAGUAGAGGGCUUCCACAAGACCAAGAGCAGCGCCGGCGCAAAAAUGGAGGACAGUACGAUCAGCUGCUGCCGUUGAACGAGGUCGGCCAGCCACAUCCCAGCAGGGAACCCAGUCCCAGUCGCGAGGAUGUCACACACGCGAGCAGUCAGCGCAAGCUGCGGAUAAUAUUCCUCACAUUGGUCGCGCUGAUCUGCCUCCGAGUAGACUUACUGCGACGCGUCAUUGACAACGCGCAUUGCGCCGAAACGCAUUGGACCACGUGGGUACCACUGGUGUUUGGCGCGUGGCAGUACUGGUCCUCACGAAGCCUCCAAAGGACGAAGACAACAGGCGAUAACGAAGAACACGAUGGAUCGUCGAGGCUGCGCAAGCUUGCGACUUCUGCGGUUGCUCCAGUAAUAGCCACCUUCGCUAUUGCUCUGGGCGGUGGGUCAGUGCUCAGUGCAGUGCGAAGUCCAACAUCGACGUACAUAUGCGCCGCUUCACUGCCUUAUCGGACCACAGUACCAUGGCUUCAGCGCGUUGCUUCCAUCCUCGACAUUGCGAUUCUGUACUACAUGGAUCAACUUGUUUCCUCACCAGGUGCAAAGAGUGCACUCAGCACCCCAAAUCGAUUUGCAGUAGUCGGUCUGGCGCUGCUGGUCUGCGCCGGCUUCUGGCUCGUAGUAGGCGGUGUGUAUUGGUAUGUCCAAGAGACUGGACGCACGUGGCUUUUGACGAUACCCUCCAUCUACUUGUGGAGCGUAAUGAAGCUUAAUGUUUACAUUGCAUUCACCCUGACUUGCGCUUUGCAAACCGUUCAUCAUAUUGGUCUCUUAUCAACGAGCGUGGUCACCACCUGCAUUAGUGUUCUUACGGCUUCGAUACUCUCGGCGUGGGCCAACAGCCACCCUUUUCCAACAGUCUACUUCGGCUCGGCGUUCUGUGGCAUUGCAUUGUUACUCCUUGGUGUGUGGCUUUAUCUUCAGACUGAAGCUACAUCGGCAACGCAUCACAACGUUCGAGAUGAAAGACUACUGCGCAAGGUACCUGCAUGGUUCUCUGCUGCAUGUAUCGCAACCAUGCUUCUUUGGCUAGGAUUCUGGCUGUGCUAUCACAGAGAGGUUGCGUUUCAUCCCAUUGACAUGCUUCUGUAUCAAGCCGAAGCGGCGCAUGAAACAUUUGUCGCACAGUCAGCGACCAGCAAAACAUUGGCCGAAGCCGUACAGACGUACCGCGAACGGUAUAACCGACUCCCUCCGCCAGGCUUCGAUGCUUGGUACGAGUUUGCGACUAGUCGCAAGUCAUCUAUCGUCGACAACUUCGACAGUAUACAUCGCGACUUGCUUCCCUUCCAUGCCUUGACUCCGGCAGAAAUUCGAGAACGGACCUGGAACCUGAUCGCUAACCCCUGGAACGAUGCAGCCGGGAUCUCGAUACGCAGCGGAAAGGUCGCCAUAUCGCCGAACGUUGUACCCACUCACCUUUGGAUGCUGGAAGGGAUCGUAGACAUGAUCAGCAAGUUCGCGGACAAGUUACCUGACAUGGACCUCGCAUUCAACCUGAACGACGAAUGUAGGGUCUCCGUACCGUAUGAGCACGUGGAACCGAUGCGGCAAGUAGGCGCACGUGGCAACAUACCGAUCAACGUCGACAAAACUUGGACAUCGGCUCGCAGCCAGCAAUGGAAGCCGAUACCCGAUGAACCUUUGCACGACAGUUCACUGGUGGAAGCUUCUUGGCAGCCAACAUUUCAUCGCUUUGGCAACAUCGGCUGUCCUCCGAACUCUCCUGCACGCGCGGAGCGAACAUGGGAUACAGGUUCGUUAUGUCGAUCAUGCGCUUACCCACAUUCUAUGGGCGCCUUCCUGUCGAAUUGGACCACUGCGGGCGACGUUUGCCACCAACCAGAUCUGGCAGACAUGCACGGGCUAUACCUAUCGCCAGCAGCAUUCAAAGCCAGCUUUGAACUGUACCCAAUAUUCUCUCAAAGUAAAGCAGGCGGCUUCAACGAUAUUAUAUAUCCGAGUGCCUGGAACUAUAUCGACAAGGCCAAGUACGAGCCUAACCAAGAACACCCAGAUGGAUCAUUCGCAGAGAAGAAAUCAACGCUGUUCUGGAGAGGCGCCACAUCAGAAGGCUUCUCCUUCCACGGCAAUGUAGGCCAAUGGCGCGGCAUGGCGCGACAACGCUUUGUUCAUCUCAGCAACAACAUCAACAACAGUAAUCCCGACCAGACGCUCCUCGUCAAAUCUCAUCGCCACCCUCACAACCUCGAAUACCAGACAUUCUCCGUCCAACAACUUUCCAGCUUCCUCGCCACAGACGUCCACUUCGUUGACUCCAUUGUCCGUUGCGCCGGCCGAGACUGCUCCGAUCAAGAAAAGGAAUUCUACCCAUUGGAACGGCCUCUCGAUUUCCAAGCCCACUGGCAAUACAAGUACCUCCUCGACCUCGAUGGAGCAGGUUUCUCAGGCCGCUUCCUUCCCUUCUUACAAAGCAACUCAUUGCCCUUCAAAGCCGCCCUCUUCCGCGAAUGGUGGGACGACCGCGUCGAAGCCUGGGUACAUUUCGUCCCACUGGACCUUCGAGGUCAAGGCCUCUGGGCGACAUUAGCUUACUUCCAAGGCUUGUACGCGAAAAUCGGUGGCGUAGAUGUGAGUGUCGAGGCGCAUCAUCAAGAGGCGGAGAGGAUCGCCAGGCAAGGGAAAGAAUGGGCGGAACAAGUGUUACGAAAAGAGGAUAUGGAGAUUUACAUGUUCAGGUUGUUGUUGGAAUGGGGACGAUUGACGGAUGACAAGAGGGAUAAUUUGGGGUUUGUGGUGGAUUGAUUGAUUCUAAGCGAUGCAUGAGCGAUGAAGACGAAUGUGUAAUGAAGUUCAACUGGCGUGAUGAAGGGGAUUCGGUACCUUUGACGAAGUAUUAUAAUA